AUGUUUUGCUGCGUUGGAUCAUUUCAGCACACUCGCGGUUAUCCUCGCGUAAAUAAUUCUACUCGGCAGCCCAGAGGCAACUCUCGUGCCGCAAAGCUGAAAACCACGCAGUCUAACACUCUGAAGGGGAGCAAGAGCAAGACUGCAGCUCAAAGCGCUACCGAGUCGUCAUCCACGAGUUCACAAGUGCUGAAGGCUGAGGACGCCCUGCAAAGUGACGAGCAGAAGCCCGGAAAAGUUCGCCCCGUUUCGUCUGAGAAGCCCGACAUAUCUGUUCUGAAAAUCAUUUCGCCGAAAAAGAACACCAAGCAUCCGCGUAAAUUGCACGCGGGUAAAUCUGAAACGGGUAGUAAGCGUGGAGCGUCUACAAGCUCA